UAAUACGCAGUGAUAAUGGUCAAAAGUUUAUUCAUAACUCACGCUUCAACCAUGAGUGCUCUGAGUCCUUUGGAUCCUUCUUCAUAUUCACAGCCAGAGAUUGCUGUAGUGAAACACAGCUCUUUCUCCCUCAAUGUGGACUUUGAGAAGAAAGUACUAAGCGGGUCAGCCACAAUCACUGUUGAAGUUUUGGAAGACACUGGUGAAGUGAUUUUAGAUACAAGCAGUCUUACAAUCAACUCAAUAGAAUUAGAAGACGGCACCCCUUUGAAGUACACACUCGGGGAUGAUUUACCCAACUAUGGCUCCAAGUUGACCAUAAAGCUGCCCAAAACAGAAAUAGCGGGAGAAACGUUCAAAAUUAAAAUAGACUAUGCGUCUUCAGCUACAGCAUCCGCUCUACAAUGGCUGGAGCCAAGUCAGACCUCAGGAAAGAAGCACCCAUACCUCUUCAGUCAAUGUCAGCCCAUUCACGCGCGUUCCAUUAUACCCUGCCAAGACACGCCCGCCGUGAAGUUCACAUACGACGCAGAAGUCACAGCUCCUGAAGAGUUCACAGUCCUCAUGAGUGCCCUCCGAGAGGAGAGCCGCGGUGCUAAAGCUACUUUCAGGCAGCCUGUGCCGAUACCGGCGUAUCUGCUGGCUAUUGCUGUGGGCGUGUUGGAGUCUAGAGAACUUGGACCUAGAUCUCGAGUAUGGUCAGAAAAGGAAGAAAUAGAAAAAAGCGCCUGGGAAUUCGCGGAGACUGAGAAAUACCUACAAGCGGCCGAACGCUUAUGCGGGCCUUACGUAUGGACGCAGUACGACUUGUUGGUGCUGCCACCUUCAUUCCCGUACGGUGGUAUGGAGAACCCCUGCUUGACGUUUGUCACGCCUACUUUACUGGCCGGUGACAGAAGCUUAGCAGACGUCCUAGUCCACGAGAUCAUGCACAGCUGGACAGGCAAUCUAGUCACCAACAGGAACUUCGAGCACUUCUGGCUCAAUGAGGGUUUCACUGUGUUCCUUGAGAGGAAAGUCGGUGCUUCGCUCAUAGAUAAUAGCGCGGAGGCCAAGAGGAGCAGGGACUUCCAUAGCUUGCUGGGACUUCAGGAGUUGACUGAGGCGGUGAACACGCUCGGUGCCACCAAUCCCUUAACCCAGUUAAACGUCAACCUCAAAGGAGUCCACCCCGACGACGCUUUCUCGCGGGUCCCCUACGAAAAGGGCUCUCUCUUCCUCCGAUACCUCGAGGACUUAGUUGGUGGCCCUGGUAAGUCUAACACUAUCCUACCAUUGCAGGUCAAUGACCUCGGGCAGACCAAUCAGCUGACCCGACUAGUGGUGGACUUGAAUGGAGUUCAUCCUGAUGAUGCGUUCUCGACGGUUCCUUAUGAGAAGGGGUCGCUGUUUUUGAGAUAUCUAGAGGAUCUGCUCGGCGGGCCGGAGGUUUUCGACGACUUCCUUCGCUCAUACCUGAACCAUGCUCGGAAAUCUCUGGAUACUGACCAGUUUAAGGCGUACCUGCUCAAGUAUUUUAGCGACAGCGACAAACUGAAGGCGGUGGACUGGCACGCGUGGUUAAACACUAGCGGCAUGCCCCCGGUUAUACCCGACUACGAUAGUUCAAUGACCAAAGCCAUCACGACACUCUUGGAGCAAAUCAACGACAGCCACAAGUUCAAACACGACGACGUGAAAGUGUUCACGCCGCACCAGAUGAUUCACUUGCUGCAGGAACUCGUUGACCGCCCCCCGCUGUCCGUGGAUAGUCUGCGCAGCAUGGGACAGGCUUAUAAAUUGAAGACGAGUAAAAACGCUGAGAUUAAGUACAGGUGGCUGAGAUUGUGCAUCAGAAGUAAAGACCUAGACAAACUACCCGACGCAUUAGAUUUCGUGAACAAACAGGGCCGUAUGAAGUACGUGCGCCCGAUAUACAGGGACCUCUAUGCCUGGGAAGAAGUGAGACAGCAAGCCAUAAACAAUUUCCUAGAAAACGAAAAAUAUAUGAUGCAUGUCUCUGCGUAUACUGUGCGGAAAGACUUGCAUCUCAAUGAGAAAUAAAGUAUUAGAUAAAUACAGUUUUGUAUUCUUUUAUUCAUGUAAGCUGAUUAUUUUUUUACAUUCUUGUUAAGUUAGAUGUGAAUAAAAUAGUGUUCUAUUGAAA